UUUUUUAGGGGUUUAAUGCAUGUGGAAGGGGGGUUUAGUAUAUUUCUUGGGACACAAUAUGGAUGAGAUCCCACAGACCACUUUACAGCUGAUUCCUAAGUUGUGCUCAGUUUUAUAUGGCAUGCACUCAGGAGGUCAGAAGAAUUUGGGGGGCUACAAAAGGGGCCGCUCUGUCUCAGGUCUGUUAUCUGUUAAAUUUAACCUGCAGCUGUUUUGGAGAGAAGAAAAAAGGAGAGAGAGCAAAGGGUGCAGAGUGAGCAAGCAACAAUGGUUUUGAGGCAGAGGAAAUAAUGUCAGAGAAAAAAAGAAAUAAGAGAGGGCAGUAGGUUUACUCAUCAUUCAGCUGAGAUCAAGUAAGUCUGGCAUGUUACUGUUGAAUCUGCAUGUGAGUUUUUGAGGCGUCAGAGAUUUAGAUGGUUUGAACUUGAGUUUGUCUGGUAAACAGACAGAUUCGUAGAGUAAGAGAAAAUGGACUGAGGCACAACAUGUAGCAUGCAAUCCAGAAAGUAAAGCAGAGAGAAAGGUUUGAACACGAUCUAAAAACAAGGUCUGGCUUGAGUUAAAAAGUUAUUCCCCCGUCUCAUUUCACCGCCGUGAGGUUUUGCAAAACUUUGACAUGCAAAGUGCCAAAAUGAGUGCUGUUUUUCUGCAUGAGAACACAGCUGCACUAAAAGUUUUGCAAAAAGAACAAGUUUGUGCAAAUCUUUGUUAGACUCCUCUGCAGCUCCAAUGUGAUAUGGACAGUUUUUUUUCUUUUGGGGGAGGAGAAAGGAGAGGCAAUAAGGUUAGGCCGGCGUUCUCACAACCAAGAUGGCCACCUUUGACAACAAGACCAACUCGAUCAACAUCAGUGCCUUCUACUGUAAAUUUCAAGAAGAUUUUAAAUAUGUUCUCCUGCCUGUCAGCUACGCCCUGGUGUUUGUAGUUGGCCUGGCGCUGAACGCCAUGGCAUUGUACGUGAUUGUGUUCCGCACAAAGCGCUGGAAGCCGUCCACUAUCUACAUGUUCAACCUGACGAUGUGUGACACGCUCUACAUCCUGACUCUGCCCUUCCUCAUCUACUACUAUGCAGAUGAGAACGACUGGCCCUUCAGUGAACCGUUCUGCAAGCUCAUACGCUUCCUGUUUUAUGCCAACUUAUAUGGUUCCAUUCUCUUCCUGUGCUGUAUCAGUCUGCAUCGCUUCGUUGGCAUCUGCCAUCCGGUCCGCUCCCUGUACUGGGUCAGCGCCCGUCGGGCCAGGCUGGUCUCUGUGGCCGUGUGGGCCUGUGUUUUAUUCUGCCAGGCACCUGUCCUCUACUUCUCAAGAACUAGGGAUGUGGACACGGAGCGGAUCUGCUACGACACCACCAGCCCGGAGCUGUUUGAUGACUUCCUGGUGUACAGCUCGGUCGUGUCAGUUCUCAUGUUUGCCGUGCCCUUCAUGGUGGUGAUGGUGUGCUAUGGCCUCAUGGUGCGGAAGCUUCUAGAGCCUGGCUGGGGCUCUGAAGGGGGAGCUGAGGGCAAGAGGGGGGCCCUGGCAGGCCACCGUUCCAAGCAGAAGUCAGUGAAGAUGAUAAUCAUUGUGCUGGCAGCGUUCAUGCUCUGCUUCCUCCCUUUCCACCUCACCAGGAGUCUGUACUACUCUUUUAGGUACCUACGGCAGGUCAAUCCAGCACAGAUCAGCUGUAGUUUGCUGGAGGCCUCCAGUGUGGCCUACAAGGUGACCCGACCUUUUGCCAGCGCCAACAGCUGUCUGGACCCUAUCCUUUACUUCCUGGCUGGGCAAGACGCCCGCAGUAACCUCACCAAGAAGAACAAGUCAAGUACACUGAAACCAACAACUAUGAGCACAGGCUUGACAACACAGCUCUGAUCCAAUACAUCGAGCUAGCUUGGUAAAAAUGCAAAAUGUUGUGGGGACAAGCCCUGUGCUUAUUGCAAGUCUCCUCUGGUAGAUGUGACGCUCCACACCUGCAUCAAGAGUGCAAUUUUCAAUCUCUUCACUGUCUGCCAGUUGUCUGUUAAGCAAACGCAGGACUCCUGAGGGUUGGGAUCUUCCUAUGAGGAGACAAGUGUGAAAUUAUAACCAGGGAAACACUUUAAAACUUUUAAAAUCCUCCUUACCUGCCAAAAAAAGGUACAGUCCAGCAUGUUGCGUUCAGAUUUCCAUCAUUAAUGAGUAGAAGUGCAUUUUCAGAUUUGACCACAUGUAAAAAUCAAAUGUGGACAAUACUGUUAUGAUGACAGAAUGUUAUAAAUAAACAUCCAAAUCAUGUAGUGACCUAAGGCAUUAAAGCCCUUUAAAGGAUUUUUAGAGAUCUUUUGUUUUGAUGUUUGAAAAGUCCACUGGACAACUACUGCGCCUGAUAUUUGUACAGGAACAAGUGGGUUUUCCUCAGCUGUCCUUUCUCUAAGCCACACACGGACGGAGGGCACACAUGUUUAACCACUCCUCUGGCUUUUAAGCCUUGUUUUGAAUGCCCUAGACUACUAGUUGUGUAUGUGUGUGUCACUUUGUGUCACAGAUGUGAAGGAAAUACAAAUUAUAUCACAAUAAACAUCUAUAGA